CUAGAAUAGUCUUUUGAGCAACCAAUAGAAAUCAUUCAGUGUCGGGGUGUUCGAAUACACGUGUGGGAUCGGUGUUUCUUCAAUCGUGUUUCUCAAAAGAUUAUGGCUUUAGGUACACAAGUCGAUAAUGGAAUAGAAAAUGGUGUAGAUAGUACAACCAAUGAACUAGACUCUGGAAAGGAUAGUGAUAGUGGUUCGUCGUCAUCUAUAAAAGGUAUACCAGCAGUAGGUGACGUGAUGACAGCAGGUGACGUGAUGACAGCAGGUGACGUGAUGACAGCAGGUGGUGUACCAGCGGAAAAAGAUGCCAGGAGGGCCUGCAAGGCGAAGAGCCUCGAGCAGCCGGGCUACCCCUCCAACAAGCUGGUCCUGCUGAACGGGCACGCUGACGGCGGCGGCGAGGUGGUCGAGAAGGCCGAGCUGGAGGCCACCAAGGAGGAGAAGGCCGGCGGGGAUGGAGACGACGAGGGGAAGGACAAGGAGCAGGAGGUGGUGUUCAUACAGGACAUGGGGUUCACCGUCAAGAUCCACAGCCCCGGCACCGAGCCCUUCGACAUCCAGGUGUCGAGCAUGGAGCUGGUCCAGGAGAUCCACCAGCUGCUCAUGGACCGCGAGGACACGUGUCACCGCACCUGCUUCUCCCUCCAGCUGGAUGGCAACACGCUCGACAACUUCGCAGAGCUCAAGAACAUAGAGGGCCUGAAGGAGGGCUCCGUCAUCAAGGUGGUAGAGGAGCCGUACACCAUGCGGGAGGCGCGGAUACACAUACGCCACGUCAGGGACCUGCUCAAGUCCCUGGACCCCGCCGAUGCCUACAACGGGGUCGACUGCAGCUCCCUCUCCUUUCUGAACGUCGUCACCCAGGGGGACAUUCUGGAGAAGAAGAAGAUGCGGGGCUCGGAGAGCGUGGACUGCACGCCCCCGGAGUACAUCAUGCCGGGCAACCGGGAGCGGCCGCUGCUGCCGCUGCAGCCCCAGGCCAAGGAGCAGAAGGGCCUGCACUGCGUCAAGGUGCUGACCACGUCAGGCUGGAACCCACCGCCCGGGCACCGCAAGCUGCACGGCGACCUCAUGUACAUGUACGUCGUCACGCUGGAGGAGAAGCACUACCACGUCACCGCCUGCUCCCGCGGCUUCUUCCUCAACCAGUCGACGGAAGAAGAGUUCAAUCCCAAGCCGGGCUCACCGAGCCACCUCUGCCAUUCCAUCAUCGAGCUGCUGAACCAAAUCAGCCCUAUGUUCAAGCGCAACUUCUCGGUGCUUCAGAAGAAACGCACCCAGCGGCACCCCUUCGAGAGGGUGGCUACCCCGUACCAGGUCUAUGCUUGGUGCGCACCCAUGCUGGACCAUACAGUCGACGCCAUUCGCGCAGAGGACACAUUCUCCUCAAAGCUGGGCUAUGAGGAGCACAUCCCAGGGCAGACGAGGGACUGGAAUGAAGAGCUGCAGACAACGCGGGAGCUACCACGGAAGAAUCUUCCGGAGAGGCUGUUGAGGGAACGAGCAAUCUUCAAGGUGCACAGUGACUUUGUGGCAGCGGCGACUCGGGGAGCCAUGGCAGUGAUCGACGGCAACGUGAUGGCCAUCAACCCUGGUGAGGAGGCCAAAAUGCAGAUGUUCAUCUGGAACAACAUCUUCUUCUCUCUGGGCUUCGAUGUGCGCGAUCACUACAAGGAGCUGGGUGGGGACGCAGCUGCGUUUGUCGCUCCGUGUAACGACCUUCAGGGGGUGAGAGUGUACUCCGCAGUAGACUUGCAGGGCCUAUACACUCUGGGCACAGUGGUCAUAGACUACCGGGGCUACCGCGUCACCGCACAGUCCAUCAUCCCGGGCAUCCUAGAGCGAGAGCAGGAGCAGUCUGUGGUGUAUGGCUCCAUAGACUUCGGCAAGACCGUCAUCUCCCACCCCAAGUACAUGGAACUGCUGAACAAGGCGGGCCAGCAGCUCAAGAUCCUGCCCCACAAGGUGUUCAACGACAAGGGCGAGGAGGUGGAGCUGUGCUCGGCAGUGGAGUGCAAGGGCAUCAUCGGCAACGACGGCCGCCACUACAUACUGGACCUGCUGCGCACCUUCCCGCCCGAUGUUAACUUCCUCAAAGUGGAAGGGGAGGAGCUGAGCAAGGAGCUGCAGGCCCUGGGCUUCCCCAUCGAGCACAAGCACAAGCUGUGCUGCCUGCGCCAGGAGCUCAUCGACUCCUUCGUCGAAUCUCGCUACAUGAUGUUUAUCAAGUACGCUGCGUUCCACUUACAACAGUUGGGUGUGAAGAGGCAAAGAGAGCUGGAAGAGAAGAGUAAAGACAAGGACUUUGAAAACAUAGAUAAUUCUAAAGAGAAAAGAAUGGAAAAGCUGAACAAGAGUGUUCUAUCGAAAGUGGAUGACAAGAUUGCUAAAGAGUUGGAGACUUCAGAAAAUCAAAUGGAUGCAGACUCUGCAAAGAAAAUUGUGGAAAGCAUCACAGAUUCCAUCACUAAUGGGGAGAAAAAAGAAUUGGAGGAGAACACGAAGGACAUCGUCCGGAAGGCCUCCUUGGCCGUCGGUUCACUGAAAGAGACGGAGUUUGACGUGAGGUUCAACCCUGACGUGUACUCGCCGGGCGUGAAGCACGUCGACCCGACCGGGACGCAGCUCAAGAAGCAGCGGCAGCUGGUCAAGGACGCAGCAGACUUCCUCAUUACGGUGCAGAUACCUACCUUUAUAAGGGACUGCCUGGACCACACGGCGGCACCAAUGGACGGCACGACGCUGGCAGAGGCGCUUCACAACCGGGGCAUCAACAUGCGCUACCUGGGCAAGAUAGCACACAUGAUGGCCAAGGUGAAGCAGUUGGAGUACCUCUACAGCAUCGUGGUGUGCGAGCUGAUAGUGCGUGCCACCAAGCACGUCUUCAACGCCUACAUGCAGAGCAUUGAGCUGAUGAGCUUGUCAGCUGGCGUGAGCCACUUCCUGAACUGUUUUUUGUCUGCAUCGCAGAUGCCUCACCCGCAACAGGUCGUGGACGAGUUUCAGACGCGAACAUCGAAACGUCGCAACAAGCGCAAGGGGCGAUCAAACCCCCUAGCGAGCGACAGCACUGAAUGGGCGAACCUCACACCCCGCCUCCUCUGGAGCCAGUUGCGCUCGGAGCUAAAGAGCUACUAUGACUUCGAGCUCAUCCCAGACUCCAUGGACACUGCCAUCGAAAUGUUCUCCUUACAGAAGAUCUCGAUUCUAAGGUCAUUUUGUAUUAAGACUGGUGUUCAGAUUCUGCUGAGAGAAUACACUUUUGAUUCUAAGAAUCGGCAUACAUUUUUUGAAGAGGACAUAGUCAACAUAUUUCCGGUUGUCAAGCAUAUAAAUCCCAGAUCCUUGUCUCAUCCGUCAACAAAUCACUUGCAGGCGACUGACGCAUACAACUUCUACACCACAGGACAGAGCAAGAUCCAACAAGGGUACCUGAAGGACGGCUACGAGCUGAUCAGCGAGGCCCUAAACCUGCUGAACAACGUGUACGGGGCGAUGCACCCGGAGAUAGCGCAGUGCCUGCGCAUGCUGGCGCGCCUCAACUACGUGAUGGGCGACCACUCGGAGGCCCUGGUGCACCAGCAGAAGGCCGUGCUCAUGUCGGAGCGGGUCAACGGGCCGGACCACCCGCACACGGUCACCGAGUACACCCACCUGGCCCUGUACUGCUUCGCCAACAGCCAAGUGAGCACGGCGCUGAAGCUGCUGUACCGUGCCCGCUACCUGGCGCUCGUCGUCUGCGGGGAGAACCACCCGGAGGUGGCCCUGCUGGACAGCAACAUCAGUCUGAUACUGCACGCGGUCGGGGAGUACGAGCUCUCCCUGAGGUUCCUGGAGAAGGCGCUGGCCCUCAACAUCCGCUACUACGGCCCCAAGUCCCUCAAGGUGGCCGUCAGCUACCACUUGGUGGCGAGGACCCAGAGCUGCAUGGGCGACUUCCGUUCCGCCCUCAACAACGAGAAGGAGACUUACGCCAUCUACAAGCAGCAGUUGGGGGAGAACCACGAGAAGACGCGGGAGUCCUCUGACUGCCUGAGACAUCUCACCUCGCAGGCGGUGGUGCUGCAGAAGAAGAUGAACGAGAUCUACACGGGCAAGCCCGGAGCCAGCCUCCCCCCGAUCCAGAUACAGCCCCCGUCCAUGGGCAGUGUUCUCGACAUGCUCAACGUCAUCAACGGCAUCCUCUUUGUGCAGAUCAGCCAACAAGACAUAGAAACGUUCAAGGCUGAGAUAGAGAAGAGGCAGCUGAAAGACAGCUCACCCACGCCAUCAGAAGAUCAGUCAGAGAGUGCGUCAUCGACUGCGACGGCAAAGUCAAGCUGAAUGGCCCGUGGAAGCCACUGACAUUUGCACUGUUUAGUGGAAGUCUUUCUAGUGAUGUGCAGUCCAGCGAAAUAUUAUUCAGUGUGUUUCCAGUUCGGUUCUUGAAGUCAAUGCAGUUAUGGAAAUUGUAGCCAGUUCUUAGUAGCAAAAUUUAAAAUGAUUGGGAAACAUUAAUUUUUCUGUGGUUGUGAAAUAACAGCAGCAAGCUUCACAUAAAUUAGGGGAAAAAAUAAAUUAAAUCAACAAAACUUAUACUUUUGUUAGGAUUAAAUUUAAAAAAAAAUGUUUUUGCAAGGUAUCCAAAAAGUAUAGUUCAUUAAUGAUAGUAAAAAAGUUUCAGUGAAUUAUUAUUUAUUAAAUUUAAUUGUUUGAAUAUAAUAAACCACUUAGUUUGAUCUGCCAUUAUUACCAACCAUUAAUUUUAAAAUCGCGAUUAGAAUCUCCCUGGUUGUCAUUCCGGUUUCCUAAUGAUUUAUUAAUAGUAUUUUACUUGCUGUGAUGUUGUCUUCUGUAUUAUUGUAAAUCAAUAUUCCAUACAAUAUUAUUUAUUGCUGAGUCUAUAAAUGGGUUAGUUCAUACAUAUUUCAAAGUUGUGAGAGCCCAAAGUGUUAAUAUAUGCGUGUCUGCAGUAGGCUACGAGAAUCUUGUUACUGGACUAACAGCUCAACAUAUUGGCUGCCCCUCCUAAUGACGGUUUCUUCUAUGGAUGUUGUAAUACUACAGUACUAUUCAUUCAUUUUGUACAGAAUUGUCCUGUUACAUUCCUGCAGUUGCUCCUAACCCCUUCCCUUUUAUUUUAUUGCAGUGCACUUCCUUUAAAAAGUAUCUUGUUAGGGAAAAUAAGUGAUAAGAGAGACAGCAAUAUCAAUGAUUUUUUCUCAGUGUGGCUUUCAUUAUUUACUUUUUUAUAACAAAAGUUAUAAAUACAAUAGUUUUAAGGAUCUGUCUCGUACCAUGUUGGUUAUUUUUUAAAUUUUUUUGUGUCUAUGGUUUUAGGGCAUUUUGUGUAAAUUUUGUAAAUAGUUCACUUGCAUUUUGUUUCAAAUUAAAUUUUCUCGACACAUAGUCACUUAAUAUUAUCUAAUACAGUCAAACCUGAAGGGACCAUAAUUUGGUCACUUUGCAAUAAUGAGGUGUUUAUUAACAAAACUAUUACAAAAUUUCAUCACAGUUUUUAUAUAAUUUUUUUUAAUAAUAUUUAAAUAAAGUUAAAACUGGCUUACUAGUUUCUACUACAACAAAUUUAUAUAUGUACAUAUAUAAUUUUUAGGGAAAUUUAAAAUAAAUUUUAGGGUGACUACAACCAAGGCUAAAAAAGGUUUUCUCCUUCCUCUCAUUUAAAAGGUUUAAGACACCAGAAUAAAGCAAAGGUAUAGAUUAUUACCUACAAAAUGACAUACUACUAGGCCGGUGCUAAUAUCAUUUUUUUUUUAGUUUUAAUUGAAUAUGAAUAUGAAAAUCAAAUUAGAUUAGUAAGAAAGGGAAUUACAAUCCCACUAAAAAAAAAUUUUCACUUCACACAACAUCUUCUGGAAAAUUAGACGAAUAAUUCUAAAGUGAAAGGUUGGUUAAAUCACCUUAAAUAAUUAUAUGGAAAAUAUUUGUUAAAAUAUUUUAAUUAUGAAAUAAUUGUUUUUGUAAUUAUGCAGCUAACUUAACCUACUUUAACCUUCCGAACAAAACUUUAACUUUAGUUUCUAUUCACAGUAUUGUCCACAACUUGCUACACUACAAACUGAUUUAGAAAAUUUUUGCGAACUUCAAAUUACCGUGAAAUCCUCUGCAAUUUAUUUUACAAAAAACCUUGAAUUUUUUUUUUUAAUGCUGUUUUCCCAAAUGAAUGAUUGAACGAGCUAAUAUUUACAUAUUUAAACCUUAGUUUUUCUUGAAUUUUCACCAGGUAAAUUGUAUAUUAGUUCUGCAAUAUUAUAAACACAAUAUUUGAUAAUUUCAUUUGGAAUCUUAAUCCAUUAUUUACUUUUUUUUUAAAUAUAUUUUUGAGUUUCAACGUUGUUUUGUCAUAGAUACAUACAGCAAGUAAGCUGCUGCUGUAUCACAAGGUGUUAGAUCGUUCAGAGCUAUCGAUUUGCACGCCGUUGAAACUAUAAUGAUUACUUCUUUUAGUACCCAUCUCAGUGGAGUGUCCGUGUUUUGUGAUGUUGUAGUCUAUGGUUGUUGACAAAUUAUUAUUUUUUUUCCACAUCUGAUGCAUGAGACAAAAAGAAUACAAAUAAUAUUUUGUUUUCGAGUUUAGAAUGACAAAUAUGCAGUGGUCUGAAUUGUUAAACAGUUGUUUAAUUACUGUUUAGCGAGACAGUGGCAAAAAAAAAGUUUUUAAUACUCGGAUGUUUUAAAUGUCUUUUUGUUCGUGUUUUUGAUUAUGAAGUUCCAUUAAAUGUCAAAAAAGGGUAUUUACAGUGCACAAAUGACUAAUUAGCAGUGAAUGUCGGUAUUUGACAAAUCACGAGAUACACUAUGUCAAGUAUUCACAAGCAAAUGAAAAUUCGUAAUUUCAGAUUGUUAGUAAUCGUCAUCGAGUUCUAGAUUAGUUUUCAUUUUCGAAUAUUCGCAAAGGCCUACAUACUCCCAUAAAAUUUGGAAUAAUAAUAAUAAAAUUUCCAAGCUUUUUUUUCCAACAUAAAAUGAACCAUCCGUUACUAUGGCAACUAUUUUGUUGGAGAGCCCCCACUUAUAAAACACAGUUUCCCAGUUUUCUACAACCAAUGCCGCAGUAUGUGAGGCACCUUCGAAAAGAAAAUCACCUCCAGAGCAAGUUCUGUGAGUGCCCAGUCUUUUUUUAAUGAAAUGGGCUGUAACACUAAGGUAGUCUUGUCCUCGGACAGAUGUCCAAAUGUCACUAGUUACUGCGAUGUUUUCUGCACUUGCUAAUUCAUUCAUGACUUGACACUUCAAUUUCUCAUACAUAGCUGGUAUCACAGUAUUUGCCAGAUGCUGCCUUGUUACCAUAUGGUAUCUUGGCUCUAGAUGGGAAAUUAAUCUGUGGAAAUGAAAACCGAUAUCUUCAACAACAGAAAAUGGUUGACUGUCAGUGCAGACCAUUUCUGCUAUUUUUUGGUUAUUGCCUUACUCCUGGGAUCACUACUGCCAAAUGUCUUUGUUUUGUUUAUGAUGGCCAUCAAUGUUGGUUGCCUUAGAACUCCGGGUGAUGAAGCUGAAGCAGUUUUUACUACUUAUUUCUGCAAAUUUAUUCCUGGAGCUGAAGUUACAGUGGAACGUGAAGAUGAAAGGGAAAAUGAUAAUUGUGCAUUACUACCAGCACUGAAAUUGGGGAUGCCAGGAUCAUCUUCACUUUGUGAACUUGAUAUAGGAUUAGUGUGUGACACAACACGGUUUUUAACAAUGAUGAUGUUAUGUUUCCUUCGCAAGUGAUUUUGAAGAUUUGUGGUACUGAAUGUUAGUUUGUUUUUUCCACCUCUCUUAAUACAACAUUCGCACAAAUUACAAAUCGCGAUCGACUCGUCAGUUGCUUUAACGGAAAAAUAAUUCCAAACAAUACUCUUUGCCAUCGCAUUUACUAAUUAUAACCAAACACUCAAACAGCACCUCACAUUGGAAGCUUUCGAUAUAAUUUUGACAUGAAUUAUUUACUUUAGGAAGAUCAAUGUUAUAAGUUUGGCACACUAAAUGGUUUCGCCGCUAGAUAGCAGUGUUGUUCGAUCCAAGCACCACAUUCAUUAGUUUUAAUGCUUUCAUGGCGGUCUCUUGCAUAUUAAUUUCAAACUGAAAGAUUAAUUUGUGUAUAACUUGUCAGUUCAUAUUAAAUUCAGAAUAAGAAAAGCGUAAAUUUUAUCUUGUAGUAGAAUUGACCUUAACAUUGCUUUAAAAAAAGUAGUACCAACACAUCUGCAAGAAAUUACUGCUAAACUAAUAGUUUUUCUUCACGUACGCAAAAGCAACAAAAAAAGUUCUAGAAUUUGUAUAUUCUUAAUGGAAAAAUUGUUCAUUACAAUUUCCGCAAUAAAAACGCAUUCAACUGAAUACCAAACAAACUAACAUAUUUGACUUACCGUCGCGUUUACCUCUCAUUCUCACCACCAGAGCCGGGCUUUUUUUUUUUUUUUUAAUAAAAAUAGUAAACAAAAUAUACUGCUGCUAUGCCAGCGCACCUAGCGACAGAAUUUUUUCCCGUGUCAAACUCGCCCAUUGGACAAUCCGUUUUGUUCCUAACCUGUAGUAGAAUUAACCUUAAUUGCACGCAAAAAAACGACAGAUUAACAUGCGUGCAAUUCGUAAAAUUAGUUUUUAUUUAAAAUGAAAUAUUUUAUGUAUUCAUUUUUAGUGUUCAUAAUUAUACGCUAUCAUUGCAGUACAGGUUUUUUUACCGCUGGAAAAAAUAACAUUGUUCGGCCUUAUAAGGUUUUGGUAAUUGUUUGAGUGUUUCGGUUAAUAUAAAUCUGGGUAUCGUAGUGAAAUAUGUACUGAACUAUAAUUAAAAAAUUAUCUGUAUAAAGUAUAAAUCUAUAAAUUACUAUUACAAUCGGAAUCGGAAUAAAUUGGUCGUUAUCAGAUUCUUUGAGAAUCGGUGAUUUACCUGAAAUCGGCCGGUUCAUAUCUCUUGCCAAUGCAUCGGUAACAUCCCUACUAGGGACUGUGAAAACACUUAGUAUUAAUAGGAUUUUUUUUAUUAACAUGAUUUAAUUUACUGAGGUUAGAGUGGAACUGUAAAAAUUCAUGGAAGUUUUAAUAAUUAUAAUCACUUGGUAUCCUCAUACAGCUAGAAAAUAAAUUUUUAUCUAAUGAGAAGAUUUGUGGCCCAACAAAUGGGAGAGCUAUCGGAAUAAAUUUAAAGGAAAAUGCAUUAAUUAAUGAGUCCUUACGAUUUGGCCAUACCAUGAAGAAAGAUCAAUUUGUAGCUUUCAAACUUCUUCAUAUGUAUGAUUUUAUCUUAGAUUAAAGUAUUAAAAACAUAUCAAGGAAAAAAUUAGUUUCUUGUCAAAAAAAUUGUGACUAGACUGAUAAAUUUUUUUAAGUAGCAAUUUCAUUUUUUUAUGAUGAUUAUUCUUACUACUGUUAGCAGUUACAGAUGAAUAAGUGUUUUUUAGACUACUACUAUUGUAAUAAUAUUUUUUUUUAUGUGUAUGUGUCUGUGUAUCUAUUAAAAUGUGCAUUCAUUUGAAUUGGCUGCUUUAACUAUUUUAUGAGAAAAUUUUGAGUUGCCAAUAACAAUUGUGUGAAAUAAUAAUUGUAUUCAACUCUAUAAAUGUUAUGAACUUAUGAAAAAAUAUUGAAAUAAUGAAAUUUCUAGGUAACAUUCCAGGCAAAUAGCAGUAAAAUUUUAAGUACCUAAAUAUAAUUUAAUUGUUCUUAAAACAGUUUUUUAUUUUCUUUUCAAAUUCUUGGUGCUUCAGUAUGUAUCACUAAAUGUUUUUCUCUUUGGUUUCCCAUUAUUUUAAACGCUGUUUGAAAAUCAGCAGGCCUAUACAUAAUCAUCAGUACAGACAGGAACAUCAGAAUUGUACUUUCUAGGUGUCAUUAUAAGUAUGCCAAAUAAAGAAAUUUUAGUUUUUGUGUGCCAUAUAAUGAAAUUUUGGUUUUUGUGAGCUUUCCAAGACAAACUAGCCGACAUGUGUAGGAAAUUGAAAACCAAAGGUGGAACAAAGAUGAGUUUAAUAGUUAAUAGCAGCAGUUACAGCUGUUACUAAAAAAUAAAUAAAUUAUUGUAAUUUGCACUGGCACACUGCCGAGUUCAGUUUCACAUGUCAAUGAAAAUUAUUUCAUGUAGCUUAUUAGUAGGGACAAGAUUAUAUGAUAAAUUGCGAUAAAACCGAAAUAAAAUUGAACAUCAAGUUAUUAUAAGUUAAUACACCAUAAAGCACCAAAAUGUUAGUUAAAUUAUGGAAUUAAGUAGAAUUUAACCAAAACUUAAUUAAAAUUAAAGUAAUAUUUUAAUUUUUGAAAUUCGAGGACUGUUAUUAUUUCCAAAAAAAAAUUUGUACCAAUGUGCAUGGAUCAUAAAAAUAAUUUAAUUUGUUUUAUUGUUUUUAAUAUAUCUGUUUUAUACCAAUGUAACACAAUUAUUUUAUCGUAAAAAUGCAGCAUAUAAAUUUUACCAUUAUUUUGGUAGAGUACUUAUUACAACACAGAAAUCCUGUACUUCAAUAAUGAAAUUAGACCACAAACAAAACCAUAAAAUCUUGUCUGUACUUGUUAGGUCUAAUAAUGAAUUCAGCUAAUUUCCAUAUCUGCCAUAAUUCAGUAACUAAUCAUCAACCUAGCUCUUUUUAUUCCUCUCCUAAAAAGAAACUGUGAAACCUCUUUAGUCUGGCAAACUACACAGUCUGUGAUUUGACACCUUUCAAGCCAUUCAUGUUCAAAUUGUUUUGGGUGGAUUUUGGCUGAUGACUUAGACUCUAGGUCGCAUGCUGCAUGCCGACAUUUUAGUUUAAUCAGAGUAGGCCUGUGCAAAGCUUCAACUAAGCAAAUUGAUUGAAGCUCUUUUCAAUUUUAUUAUUUUACUUCUCCAGGAAAUUUUGUAUUAAUUUUAUUUGAAGCUUAGUUGUGAUGCAAAGUGUCUUGUCUGAUGUGAAGCUUUGCAUUAGUUGCACAUAAAAAGCCGUAAUUUUUUUUUUUAUUUUUAAUUUUUUUUAAGUAUAUGUUUUGCCGAAAUCAAGUUGGUUACUUAGGUGGGCACAAAAUAUGGCAUGUUAUUUGCUUUUAUGAAUGUUCAAUAUUAAUAAUAUACAUGGUUAUUUAAUUUUUUAUUAAAUGAGGUUAUUAAUAGGACCCAAUUGUUAAUCUCUUAAUCAUCAGUUCAAACAUUACAAAUGUUAAAUGAUUAUUUCCUUUGUUUUGUAAAAUGAGUGUAAUACAGCUUCGCUGAGAACAAUAUUCACAAUUCAAUUUGCCAUUGCAAAUAUUUUAACCAUUGAAUUUGAUAUUAACUUAAAAUUAAAAAAACUAGUGUUUGCACAGGCCUAGCUCAAAGUUUAUUGUUGUGUGGUUUUUCAUUUCAGUACAGUUAUUCUUGUUUUCUGGCGGGUUAAAUUUCACUGGUUUAGUUUUUGUAAUGAUUUUUUGAAGUAGAUUUAAUGCCCAUCUGUAUUUUUAUCUUUAUAUAGAUAAGCAUAUUACUACUUGUUUUAUAGACCACUUUUUUGUGUAUAUUAUUUUUUCUUUGAUAUUUCAGUUAAAACUACAUUGACGUUCAAUAUUUCAGAAUGACUGUAGUCCCAAACGUGCGAGAUGUAAAGACCUUAUCCAGUAUCUGUACGUCAUACCACAUACCUUACCAUUUGGAAGUGGUGAAAUAAUAUUGGCUCUUUCUUUCUUUUUUCAGUUAAAUCAGAAUCAAAACAAGUCUUGGAUUGAAUGCUUGUAAAGUGUUAACUUUACUUUUUAGUAAUUUAAAUUUUUGAAGUCAUAAGUUGUUUGCGAUACUUUCUGAAAAAGAUUUAUGAAUAUGCGCUUGAGUGCUGUGGAUAGUCGGACUAAUUUUCAGACAACAGCAUUUCUUGUAAAUACUAGAGCUAAUGCUAUGUUGUAAACUGUGAAAACAGUAAUUCUGCGAGGCCUACAAUUUUUUUUUUUUUGCAUUGUAUAUAAUUGUGGAUUUUUGUAAUAACUUAGUUUGAGGUGUGGUAGUUGUGGAAUGAAAGUGAGCAUGUUCUUGAAAGCUGACUCCACAAUUGUGGUAAGUCCUUCAAGGAAUCAAGCUGGAAACACGUCUGUCUGCAAGUCACGCCACCGUUGCCAUGGCGACAUUGUGCCCAGUUCUCGCGUGGACAUGCAUAAGCCCUUCUCCUUGAGCAGUGCAGAUUUUGCCGAUAGACAUUUCAGUUGGUAGUCCCCGAUUUUGUAGCAAGUGCGUAUGUUGCAACAUGAAGUAGUUGGAAUGUUCAGAACUGUUAUAGUUUAUUUUUAUGCUUUAGUUUUUGUAGAUUUUUUUCAUGUUCUUGUAAGAAAGCCUCCACACAAAGAAUAGUAACUGCAUAUAUGGCCCGUAUAGAUGACAUUCCAUCCUCAGCUACAUAGCAGACCCAUUGCGAUGAUGCAAGAGCAUCCCAAGUUCCCUAAGUGAAAAAAAAAAAAAAAAAUAAUUGGUGUGAAAUGCUGCCAGGUAUGUUAUUUUGCUUUCAUGCCUUUCUGCUCUUGUGAGGAAUGUCAUCCUUCUCUUUCAAAAUUAUCUUUGGGUGAGAUUGGUUUGCUUUGGAUUUCCUGUAACUUGUGGCGUUACACUGUGUUAUGAACGCUCAGUAAGUUCUGCAGCAUGUCUACUAAAUAUUUUUGCUGGUAAAAAAUGUUUUGUGCUGAACCUAGUCAAGUGUUUCAGAGGUAGCCGUAUCGAGGAUAUUCCUAAAACUACGUCUUUCUGUAUCCACCGUGCAACUAAAACAUUAUUGAGUUACGGAAAUACUGGCAGGUUGCAGGAAAUUUCAAAUGCUAAGUGGAGUGUCUCAAUCAGUUACGCCUAUACGUGAGGAAGAGUUGUGUGUGGCACUGCAUGUGGUGAUGUUUAGAUGUUUUUUUCUGUGUUCAUGUUCUUACUAUUGUUUUUUUUUUACAACUUUUCUUGAAGAGUAAUCAGAGGAGUCCAAGUGCUAGGCAACAACAAGCAAUGGUGCUACACCUCGAACUCUCACAAUACUGUUGUUUAGUGUUUGUCUGAAUUCUUUGUUAUUCAUUCAUAAUUUUUAUCUUUAAAAUUGUUGAUUUAUGAACUAGUCACUGUUGAUUGUUGCAUUAAUAAUAUUGUUAAGCAGAUGUUACAAAGAAUUUUAUAGUUGAAACUUUUGUGUGAUAAAAUUUUUUUGCAGGAAGUUUCCAGCACUGUACGCUGGUUGUUACCGUGUCCUAAAAAAAUCUUUGGUUUUGUGCCGCAGUGAGGUUGUGUGUUAUGUGGUAGUCUAAGGAAGCAUUUUUAUCUGCCAUAUUGAAAUAAGUUGUGUAAUUUUUUGCAAAUUUUUGUAAAGUGAAAUUAAUUAAAAAUUGUAUUCUGUCAAGUGUUUCCUAAAGAACACCACAGUUUGAGAGUUGUAGGUUGUGAAACUAGAAAUGAAACUGUGUUUGAACUUGAAGCAGGCUAAAUACUGUAGAGCGUAAGAUGUGAAGGUGAUAUGAUUUUUCCUGCAGUUAAGUGCCUCAUAUGGGCAGGUUGUUAUGGAACAGUAGUCACGUCAUUUGUACGUAGUAAAUUUUGUUUACAUGUUAGAAGUUUGAAUGCACUUCGUGGCUUUAAUAAAGUGAGUGAAGUUAAAA